CGCUGAGUAAAGUUUUCCUUUCAGGAUGAUGCCCAAUGCGAAGAGAUGGUGGAACUCGGGAAAUAUCAGCGAUGCCAGGAACUCCGAGGAUUUAUGAAGAAGAACCAGUUUCGGCUGGUUCUGAUCCGUCGAUCAGGAACAAAAGUACCUGAAUUAAAAUUUCAAGUUAAUGAUGCUGAGGAGAAGGAUUCGUGGCUCAGAGCCCUGAAUGAAGCCAUUGAAGAAGCCAAUAACAAAGAGUUUGAUCAGGUUACAGUGGAUGAAAAGAGUUCUCUGGAUCACUUAACACGUAACAGAGCAAAAAUAAACCACAGCCGAAGACCACCAACAAGGCAACAUCGGAAAGAAGUAGCCAGUGCUAUGUCCAGUGGAAUACAGAGACUAGAACUUGGUGCUCAGACUCUUAUUAUUGAAGAAUCGACAGAUGAAGCGCAAUUGAAAGAAAAAGUCAGUGAUCAAGCCAAGAAGAAUAGACCUAUCCUUAUGCCUAAAGCCAGAUGCACUAAUGCAAAAAGCAAUGAUGCAUUAGAAAUGAAGGAAGAAAGUCCACUAACUGAGGAGGGAGAAGGACCAUCAAACCAGGAGCCAUUGGACAAAGCCAAAGAGGGUCGGGGGGCCGAGGAGGGAGAGGGUCGGGGGGCCGAGGAGGGAGAGGGUCGAGGGGCCGAGGCGGGAGAGGGUCGGGGGGCCGAGGCGGGAGAGGGUCGCGGGGCCGAGGCGGGAGAGGGUCGGGGGGCCGAGGCGGGAGAGAGUCAGGGGGCCGAAGAGGAAGAGGGUCGGGGGGCCGAGGAGGGAGAGGGUCAGGCGGCCGAGGAGGGUGAGGGUUUGCCAGCGAAAGAAGGAGAGGGUCCACCAGCCGAGGAGGGAGAGGUUGGAAAGCUAUCUUGUACCAGAGAAACGAUUUCUGAUCUCCUCAAAAAUGAAGGUGAGUCUGAUUUUCAAACAAAAGCAUCUACAGAUACAAAUGAAAUGGAGAAACAACAGUCUGAAACCAACAGUAAUAGUUCACUAAACAGGGCAAAUCUACUACGGGUGAAAUGUGCUUCCUUGGGAGAUAUCUUAUCAGAAUCCAAGCAACAAGUAAUAACAAAACAAUUUGAUACUUAUGGCAACCUAAAGAACACAAAUGUGGAAAAAAUGGAAAGUAGUAUAGCUUUUGAGCUAAAAGUAACAAGGGAACUUCUCCAGCAAGUCUCUGGGAAGGACGCAGCUGUUGAGCAACGUCUUCAGAGCACCACCACCCAAGACAAUUGGUCAACCAGGAGUGCAGCACGCUUGUUGAACGAUGCUAUGGCUAAAUGGUCAGAAGCAGACAAAGUCUUGCAAGAACUUAAAGAUUUAAAGGAAUUAUACAAGAAACCUGAGACUCUCACUUCAGAGGAAAGAGAAAGACGUAAAAAUCUGUUGACUUUCUACAGGAGGAGUGUGCCUUAG